AGGCUGCUUAUAUUUAAUAGAUUUAGCUCCUACUGCACUAAGGAGUUUAUUAAUUACGCAGAUAAGAAGAAGAUUGUCUGUUUUACGCUUCCUCCUUACACAUCUUAUAACCUUCAGCCGCUUAACGUUAUCUGUUUUCAGCCUUUCAAACACUACCACAAGGCUGCAGUUAAGCAGGCAACUUAAACAGGCUGCCUUAAUUUUAACAAGCUUAAGUUCCUUAACGCUAUUAAUAGUAUACGUUAAGCAACGUUCAAGCCUCGUACUAUACUAUUAAGCUAGGAAAAAACUAGUAUUUAGCCUUAGAACCCCUAAAUUAUACUCUAAAAGCUUCCUGUUGCUCAGCCCUAUACUCCUCUACAGCCAGAAUUUAACCUUAAUAAGCCUUACACGCCUACUCUAAUAAUAAUUCAGUCCUAUAAGCGCUAUUUAAAGGACAUACUUAGGCGCCUAAAAGGCAAACAAGUUAAUCCUUGCUGCAUAGAGAGAUUUAUGCGUGCUUC